AUGAUUAAUAUUGCCUUUUGUUUUGUCUUUUUUCCUCCAAUUCUUUUUGAUCAGAUUGUUCCCCGUAAAAAGGGAAAGUGGAAAAAGAGGCUAAAAGUGGUCAAAGAUUUCUUUUGUGAGCCAGUUAUCCUCGACUGCUCAUGUGAGGAGUGUAAGCUAAAAGAAUCUUCUGAGAUCAAGUCCAAGAUUAUUGAUGAAGAAUCUGAGGUGUACGUCACAGCGCUAACCAGCUUGACGUCACUUGUUGAAGAUAACACACAAGACACCGUGGAGGUUUUCUUCGACUGCUUAAGCGAGUUGUGUAGUCCUGAAGCAUCUCCUGAGCUCGACUCCCAGAGCAUUGAUGAAGAAUCCGAGGUGUACGUCACAGCGCAAACAAGCUUGAUCAAACUUGUCGAAGUCAAUGCCACACAAGACAACGUGGAGAUUGUUCCCCGUAAAAAGGGAAAGUGGAAAAAGAGGCUAAAAGUGGUCAAAGAUUUCUUUUGUGAGCCAGUUAUCCUCGACUGCUCAUGUGAGGAGUGUAAGCUAAAAGAAUCUUCUGAGAUCAAGUCCAAGAUUAUUGAUGAAGAAUCUGAGGUGUACGUCACAGCACAGACAAGCUUGACGUCACUUGUUGAAGAUAACACACAAGACACCGAGGAGUGACGCAGAGCAGCGGACUUCUCCCUUCUGAUGGCGGAUCCCCCUCGGUGAGUGGACUCUUCCUCAGUGGCGGAUUUCUCCUCAGAAGCGCAGACUUCUCCUGGGCGUCUCGGCAGCGAGCUAUAGAUUUAGAAAAGCAGGUCUUUUUCAGGACAAAUAUUCUCACAGUUUCCACUCUCAUCCAGGAGGGAGGACGGACACAACGGCUACCCCGGGUGUUGGGCUUCCGGCAUCUGGGGCGGCCAUUGUGGAUCAGUUCUGUCUGCACUGCGGGCGGUGUAUGAUUCAGACGUUGCGUCACAGGCGGCUGUGAUCCCACGGGACUCAGCCGCCAACUCGCUGCUUCCCGUUUCGUGACGGCAUUGGCUACGGCCCUGCCGUCCGCGGCGGGGAGGGGCGAGGGUGAUGUUGGCAUGUGAACGUCUUUCGUCAGCCACUGGCUGGCGGAUCGUUCUCGCCUCGUCUGACCGUUCCCCAAGAGACGGUCCCACCGUCUUGUUCCUACACCACGCGCCGGAAACGGUGUGUGGUGAUGAUGAGAUGUUGCAAGCUGUGUUCUUGGGUAUGACAGACCCAUCUUCGAGUCUGACGGGCACCAGGUGUGGCGGUCACAGCGGCUACGUUCUCCGGAAUGUUGCCGCAACCCCAUCUGUUCCCUGUGCGUGACCGCCGCCACGGCGAGGUUGAACGCUUCAGCGAACGUCGGGGGUGAUCGGGGAUUCCCGUGUUUGUUAUUCCGCCAGCUUCGGCUCGCUGGUCAUUCAUGCCCCGACACGCUCACCUGGCUCGUCCCCGAUGGGCGGUGGUGACCGUCCCAUAUCGGACAAGACUCGACAACGUGCUCUGUCAUAACAUCUGAUAGCUACCUCCGGUCAUCAGAUGCGAAGCCCCUUGGAGCUCCCGCCUUCGGGAGGUCGAGCUCAAGAGGAGGCAUAGCAGAGAUGACGGCCGUGCUUCCCCGGGCCGGAGAUGCACGUUGAGCUCACUAGACGUGCUGUAUGCCGUUCGCGGCUUGCUCCUGUCUGAUGCGAAGCCCCUUAGAGCUCCUGCCUCUGGGCGGUCGAGCUCGGGAGGCAACGCAAAAGUGAGGGCCGUGCUUCCCCGGACUUCCCCGGAGAUCCACGUGGAGCUCAUUAGACGUCGGGUAUGCCGUCCGCGGCGUGCUCCUGUCUGAAGGGCUCAGGGAGCUAUUACUUUCCUGGACAGUGAGGUAGCUAAGGGCAAUGUUGACCACCCAGGUGGUCUAGCGGCCCUGGUGCACCACGGAUGCUGCCACUUGGAGGAGUCGACAAAGUAUACCAAGCUGCCUUCACCCUCCACGCUAUGGCGGUCAAUAGGGUCCAAAUGUUUUGGGGACCCAUUGGGUCAUAUGCCAGAGCGUUUGGAUCUGGUUGAUGGGAAGGUCAACCCGGCUGUGCACCGCCACAGGCCUCGCGCCUCGAGCGACGAAGGUCAGGGUGUGUGCCCUGGGUUGGACGAUGUCCACGUUAGUGGUCCAAGGAUCCGUAGCUCAACCUUGCACGAUGAAGCUCGGAAGAUCGGCCUUCUUGGACACCGCGCAGGCUGCGCUGGAUGGUGACACUGUGGAGAUAUUCUAUGGUGAAGAAGCAGACUGUUCCGUGACCCGAUCAUCUAUGGAUGCUGAGGUCCUGCGCACAGCCUGCCCUCCAUCAGCCCCGCCACCCCGCGGUGGCCCCUCUGAUACUGGGCCCUCCAAGGAUGGCCCGUCAGCGAUGUGGAGCCACGCAGGAGGAGGCCUCUACCCUGUUGGGUAACUGGCGAGGGUGAUGUGGGCAUGUGAACGUCUUUCGUCAGCCACUGGCUGGCGGAUCGUUCGCACCUCGCCUCGUCUGACCGUUACCCAAGAGACGGUCCCACAGUCUUGUUCCUACACCACGCGCCGGAAACGGUGUGUGGUGAUGAUGAGAUGUUGCAAGCUGUGUUCUUGGGUAUGACAGACCCAUCUUCGAGUCUGACGGGCACGACGCCUAUACUGCACGUAUGGUUUGUCCUCAGGUGUGGCGGUCACAGCGGCUACGUUCUCCGGAAUGUUGCCGCAACCCCGUCUGUUCCCUGUGCGUGACCGCCGCCAUGGCGAGGUUGAACGCUUCAGUGAACGUCGGGGGUGAUCGGGGAUUCCCGUGUUUGUUAUUCCGCCAGCUUCGGCUCGUGGGUCAUUCAUGCCCCGACACACUCACCUGGCUCGUCCCCGAUGGGCGGUGGUGACCGUCCCAUAUCGGACAAGACUCGACAACGUGCUCUGUCAUAACAUCUGAUAGCUACCUCCAGUCAUCAGAUGCGAAGCCCCUUGGAGCUCCCGCCUUCGGGAGGUCGAGCUCAAGAGGAGGCAUCGCUGAGAUGACGGCCGUGCUUCCCCGGGCCGGAGAUGCACGUUGAGCUCACUAGACGUGGAGUAUGCCGUUCGUGGCUUGCUACUGUCCGAUGCGAAGCCCCUUAGAGCUCCUGCCUCUGGGCGGUCGAGCUCAGGAGGCAACGCAAAAGUGAGGGCCGUGCUUCCCCGGACUUCCCCGGAGAUCCACGUGGAGCUCAUUAGACGUUGGGUAUGCCGUCUGCGGCGUGCUCCUGUCUGAAGGGCUCAGGGAGCUAUUACUUUCCUGGACAGUGAGGUUGCUAAGGGCAAUGUUGACCACCCAGGUGGUCUAGCGGCCCUGGUGCUCCACGGAUGCUGCCACUUGGAGGAGUCGACAAAGUCUCCCAAGCUGCUUUUCAAUAGGGUCCAUAACGUUUUGGGGACCCAUUGGGUCAUAUGCCAGAGCGUUUGGAUCUGGUUGAUGGGAAGGUCGACCCGGCUGUGCACCGCCACAGGCCUCGCGCCUCGAGCGACGAAGGUCAGGGUGUGUGCCCUGGGUUGGACGAUGUCCACGAUAGUGGUCCAAGGAUCUGUAGCUCAACCUUGCACGAUGAAGCUCGGAAGGUCCGCCUUCUUGGACACCGCGCAGGCUGGGCUGGAUGGUGACACUGUGGAGAUAUUCUAUGGUGAAGAAGCAGACUGUUCCGUGACCCGAUCAUCUAUGGAUGCUGAGGUCCUACGCACAGCCUGCCCUCCAUCAGCCCCGCCUCCCCGCGGUGGCCCCACUGAUACUGGGCCCUCCAAGGAUGUCCCGUCACGCAGGAGGAGGCCUCUACCCUGUUGGGUAACCGCCUCAGAGGGGCCCUGACAGGAGAGCCGUAGCGAUGGAGAGUACACACUCUCUCCGGGCUUCCCACAGUGAUAUAGCUGCCUUCCACAAUCUUCUCGUGACGUUGCGUCGGCCGGCGGUAACACUUAGCAGGUAAGUAGGCAGAGAAGUCAAACCUCUCCGGGGUCCCACCCUGUGUAAGGUGACCGCUCUGUCAGCCACUAACCAGCCUCCCUGGCACGGUGAAGCAGAUCAUCCUCGGGUUUCGCAACACGGCACCUGCCGUUACGCACGAUCCAUCUCGCUCAUCACAAUCGCCUGGAGGGUAAGUUUCUUGGUUAACAUAACCUCGUCACCAGGUUCUCAGGAGCGCGACUCCGGCCGCGCUCCGUACCCUCUUAGGACCGUAGGUCCUACAUGGCCUUCGGGCAUGUGAGCCCCUCGGAGACGCCUCUCGUCCUUAUUACGAUGAAGGCCGCUCUUGAUGGCGCUUGCCUCUGCAAGAGGGUAGGGACCUCCAGUAUUCUUCGUGUCCCAUGGGUGCCUGGAAAUUGGGCGGUAGUCUUCUGAGAUACCGGCCUGGUUACGUGCCCAAGGUUCCCACACUCCCUUCCGGGUCCAGGUGGUGAACCUGCAGGCGCUCCCUCCCGGGAGAGAAGACCCAACCUCCUACAUGUUGUGUCCAGCGCACUGCGCCUCUACUUGGACCGCACACAGAGCAUUAGCUCUGAGCAGCUCUUGUCUGUUCAGAAGCGGGACCAGGGGAGGGCUGUCUCAGACAGAGGCUUGCGGAUUGGAUUGUGGGCGAACAGUAUUAGCUUGUUGUGUUUUUUGUUGUUGACUAGUUUUGUUUCCAGACUUGCUCAUACCUAGUUUAAGUGCUAAAGACAAUCUUCUCUGUUUAGGUCUCUCUAUAGUCAAUAAUAUUAGUUUUUUGACAGCCCUAUUAGUUAUUUUGAUGUGUGCGUGAGCGUCCUCUACAGUAAUAUCAUCUUCUUUUGUGUCCAUGUUUUAUCUCCGGGUUUCCGGCGACGCCUGAGAUUGACAGAUCCAGCUCCGGUUCGGCCUGAGGAUGUCCCCCUGAUGACCUUUCUCUGUUUUUUCUCUAUCUUCUCUUUUCUCUCAAACUUAGCUACUAAUAGUAUUGCAAAUAGCUGGUUCGCUUAAUAGAUGAUAGAUAAAUGGGCUAAACAUGUAAUAGUAGCAGUAAAUUAUCUUAUUAUUCUAUAUAAUAUGAUGCAAUUCUCAAAGCAUUGUAGCAAGUGAGAGCCUUCAGGUUGACACGGUCGAUCUAAUACGCUCGUCUACAUCUCAUUCAAUUUUGAUACAAUAAUUUAAUAACACUUUGAAUAUAAUGGUCUGAUUACUAGUUAUUUAUCCACCCAAUGAUUAAUUUUAAGAAAAUUCAGGAUAUCAGUCCAACACCGCGGUAUAAUGAGCACACGCACGCUCUCAAGAGAGCAGCCCGUAAAAUGGAGCGUAACUUUAAAAAAACAAAAUUAGUGGUUUUUCGCAGAGCAUGGAAGAAUAAAAUUUGAACUUAGAGGAAAGCCCUAAAAACAUCUCGAUCAGCCUUCGUUUCAUCAAUAGUCAAAAAAAAUCAGCAAAAUCGACACAAAAAUCAACCAUCAGCGUCAUUAGAUGUUUUGACAUCAGCAUAGUAUUAUUAUAUUAUAUUGCAAUAAGCUAUUAGACUUUUAGAUAUAAAGUAUAAAGAUAUAGAUAAUAUUAAAUCUAUCAUCUAGAUUUAGCUUGUAGAGAUGCAGCAGUAGUGCCAGAGGAGAACUGGUUCCCCUGGCUGGGUCUGGGUUCUCCCGAGGUUUUUUUCUCCACUGGAGUUUUGGGUUCCUCGCCACUGUUUGCACACUUGCUGCACUUGUUUUGCCCGCCGGGGGGCUGCUGACAUCAGCUUUAGAAUUUUGUUCCUAUCAAAUGUUGCAUGUUGCUCUCCUUAGUCUGAUAUGAUGCUCUGCAGAAAGAACAGUUUUUCGUGUAACAGCUGCGACAUUAAUGAUCCACAAGAAAGACAACGUAGCUCAGAAUGAUAAAAAAGCGUUGUGUUCUGCAACACACAGAGAAGCGAAGAAAAAGAGAAUGAAACUCAAUAAAACGAUCUGCUUUGACAACAGCAUGCAUAACAUCUGCACUGAUUUCUUUCUCAUCCAGACACAACCUCUACCUCCACUAGAAUAGUCUUUGUGCCAUUAACCAGGGUCAGUCAUCUCACCGAAGCCUUAAUAAAAACUAAUGUUCAGGACAAGUAAACUGUCCAUGCUGUAAAUGCCUUAAAAUAAUCAAACAAUCUAUUUUAAUAAUAAAAAUAAUAGACAGAAACGUAUGGUUGUCCAACAAUAACAUGUAUAAUAGUGCUAAUGUAAUGUCUGAACAUAAUAUACCUGUGACAAUAAGAGUUGUUUCUAUUUAAAUAGCUCUAUUCACACAUUUAGUAUAAGGGGGUCCCUGCUCCAUACAUCUCUCAUCUAAGGGGUCCUUGCCCUUAAAAACGUUGAAGACCCCUGGUUUAAUGUAUCGGUUAUAGUUAAAAUGUUUUCAUGUAAAGCUGCUUCAUGAAAAUUAUAAAAAGCGCUAUUUUAAUAAAAGUUAAGUUCAGUUAAGUUGAGUGAGUACUAAACACAAUUUUAUUUAAUGUUUUUACUUAAGUUCAUGUGUCAAAUCUCUUGUGUAAAUAAACUUAUUUUUGAACUAUAUUGUG